CCGCUCACCUCAGCCCCUGAGGGGAAGGCGCAGCCUGAGGGGAGGAGAGGCCGCGGGCUGCGUGUGGCGGCGGGAGGAGCUGCUUCGACUGCUGCCUCCGACCUUUCUCCUCACGGGAGGCGGGAAGGCGGUUUGGGCCGUGAGGCGUGAGAGGGCGUUCAGGGGCCCGCGGGUGCCCCUGGGCCGGGCGGGGUGAGGAGAUGCUGCCCUGCAGGGUGUUGAAACAUCCCCGCGAAAUGGCCGCGAAAUGCGCACCGCGGGGCGCGGAGUUCAGCCCGCCCGGCUCCGCGAUGGGGCGGCUGAGCUGUUGGGGCGGAAUCCUCCCGCAGGGGUUACAUUUCUACCGAGUUAGACUAAGUGGCCAGAGGUGUGGUUUGUGGUUGGCUUUUUGUUUUGUGUUUUUUUUUGUUGUUGUUUUUUUUCCUUUUUUUAAACUUUUUAAGGCAAACACUGUAGGUGGACAAGGAAAAGACAGAAUUAUAUUUGCAACCAAGGAGGACCAUGAGACACCCAGCAGUGCUGAGCUGGUUGCAGAUGACCCUGAUGACCCUUAUGAAGAACAAGGAUUGAUCUUGCCCAAUGGAGAUAUCAAUUGGAAUUGCCCGUGUCUGGGUGGAAUGGCUAGUGGUCCCUGUGGGGAACAGUUCAAGUCAGCCUUUUCUUGUUUCCACUAUAGCACGGAAGAAAUCAAGGGAUCAGACUGUGUGGACCAAUUCCGUGCCAUGCAGGAAUGCAUGCAAAAAUACCCAGAUCUUUACCCUCAAGAGGAUGAAAAUGAUGAAAAAGAGAAGUCAAGCAAAGAUUUGGAAGCUACUCCUAUGGAGGCUUCUGCUGCUGAAGAGAAGGGAUCUAGCUAAUGAAGAUGCAAGGAGGCUGUUGUCUCCAUUUCUCAUUUUCAGAGACCUGGACUUUUGCAGUAUGUCUGUCUUUUGAAUCGUCAAGAAAUGUUUCACCAUUGUUCUAUACACUGUAUUAUAGUAAAUUAUUGCUGAGGGAGAAAUCUCAGUGCUACAGCCUUGCAAAUAAAUACUGCAUAGUAUGUGUGUGUAUUGUGUAACCUGCUAUCAGACACAGUUAAAACUUUAACAACCGUUUUUUACCCUCAAGUUCUCCUGGAGUUUUGACUUGAAUAAUGUCUUCAAAUAGCUUUCAACUAAAAUUCCACUAGCAUACCAGGUCUGUCUUCAUUUCAGUAGGUUCUGAUCAAUGGCUGCUUUUUAAAAUAUAUUCUGUUCUAUUAAUAGAAAUUGCAUUAAAUGAUUUCCUUAAAGAUUUUUUGCCAGAGUGAUAGAGGACAUUGAAAAUGGCCUAAAUCUAGAAUUUGUAAAAUAAUUUCAAUUUUUUGUUUAUGGUUGCAUUUUACUGUUGGGAUAAGGUUAGGAGUGCCAGAAAAGUGUUGAAAUGUUUAUCUCCUUUGAUUUCAUUUACUUCUUGUCAUGGCUUUUGCAUUUUAAAAAUGGUGUGUUGUACAACCUUUGGUAAAGAUGAAUGGAAUGAAUGUUGAUCACUGGGUUUAAUUUUUUGCUCUGAAGCCAGUUUUUGGGUUCCUUUAGUUAGUACCUGCUCCGUCAGUGUAUAGACAGGCUCUUGUGAAAUACUUUGAGAACACAAUGAAAAUGUUACCUGGUAUAAUGGUCUCAAAACAGAUACUGUGACUUAAGUACAUAUUAAAAAGCAAAUACUUUUUACAUUCAUUGAAA